CUGUCGGGAAUGAUUGAAAGAGAAAGAGAAAGAGUGAGAAACUGGAAAAGCUUACGACCAGUGGAAGCGUUGUCAACAGGCUUCAUGUCGCUUGGCUGCAAAACCAUCGAUUAGUUUUUGAAAUCCCCAUCAAUAAAUCAUUUCCUAAACGUCGUGGAUGAGAUGAUAACUGAGGAGUUUGUUUGAAGGGCUUUUUAACGGAAAAUAACGGCGAGGGUUGUUUUUUUUUCCUUCUCGAGAUCAUGGAUUGUAAGGUUGUGAAAUUAACCCUGAACAGUGACUAUCACGGUGACACAGUUUAAAUCGUGACGUCAGCGGAAGAAUGGAAGUAAUCCGCCAGCCACGGGUUGACGAGGAGUUGCGACUGACUUUGAAAGAAAAUGACUGCGGCAUGUCCACCAUUUUAGAGCCCUCUUCCAUGACCAAAGGAGAAAUCAAUUUUCACAAAGCUGCCAAAGAAAAUGAUCUGGAAUCUGUCCGAAAACUUUUGUCCGAAUAUCAUGUCAACGUCAAUUGCAAAAACAACUUAGACCGCACAGCUUUGCACUGGGCUUCCGCUAAUGGUAACAUAGAUGUCAUCGAAAAACUGGUGGAAGAUGGUGCAGACUUAGAGUCUAAAGACAAGUAUGGCAUGCGACCAGUUCUCUGGGCAGCGUGGUUUGGACACUUGGAGGCCAUCAAGGUGCUAAUCACUGGGGGUGCGACACCACUAUGCACAAAUAAGCAAGGCAUGGGAAUCCUACACUGUGCAGCUCAAAAUAAUCAUGUCGGGGUCAUGAACUUUAUAUUCGAAUCCUUGGAAAAUAUGAACAUCAACGAAGGAGAAAUUACAGGUAGAACUCCCCUACAUCUGGCUUCCGAAGCCGGCCAUAUCGAGGCUGUGAUGCGUUUAAUAGACAUGUCUUGUGAUGCAAAUGCAAGAGACAAGGAUGGAAAAACAGCAUUGCAUUUGGCUGCAGAAGCUGGCAAGAGUGAAGUCAUAAGAAAAUUAUUAAACCUUGGCGUCGAGGUCAGCGACAGGGACGCGGAUGGCAAAACAGCAAUGCACAUUGCGGCGGAAGAGGGACAUCUAAAUGUAAUAGAGGUCCUGUUUGACUUUGACGCUAAAGCUGACACAGAGACCAUUCAUAAUGGAUGGUUAGAAACUACACACGUGAAAGAGAUGAGCCCCCUCCAUUUUGCCACAAGCCGGGGGCACUCGGAUAUCGUCACAACGUUGAUUGAGCACGGGGCACAGUUAGAUGUAGUUAAUUUUCAGGGAAAUACACCCCUUCAUCUCGCCGCGCUCGGUAAUCAAUCUGAAGUCACCAAAAUCCUUAUCAAGAAAAAGUGCCAAGUCGACAUUCAAAACUACAGACAACAAACAGCUCUUCAUAUCGGUGUAGAAGCUGGAUACCAGGACAUUGUAGAAAUCUUAUUAGGUGCUAACGCUAGCCUUGACCUGCGGGAAAAAUUGGGUAAAACUCCGUUACAACUAGCAGCCCGAGGCAGCUUCGUUGCAAUCGUCGACAUGAUCAUCAAAGCAGAGAGAUACUAUGAAGUCACAAGGGACUAUCAUGAAAAAGAAUUAGAUGACCUUGACCCACAUCUUUAUCUUCGUCAACCUCGCCAUCCAUCAGCUGCUCAAAUGAAAGACAUAUUAUGGAAGCUUGCCACAAAACAGCUAAAACCUGGAGAUUGGAAAAAACUUGCUCUUUAUUGGAAAUUUACAGCAGAACAUAUAAGGGCCAUAGAGCAUCAGUAUACAGGUACCCAUAGUUACAAGGAACACGGCUUUCGAUUACUAAUGAUUUGGCUACAUGGUGUCAGGAAAGAUGAAAACGUCAUGAGACUUUUGUUCGAGGCUCUAUCGGCCACCGAGAGGAGAAAUUUGGCUGAGCAAAUCAGGCGGCGGGCGGAUUUUCGGCGAGAGAAAUUCUGUAUGAAUUCUUUGUGCUCUAUAACUUGAUCCCAAUUUGUGUUCAAAGUGAAGGUGGACAACUUUAAGAAUAAUUUGACGAUUCAACUUGGUGCUAAAAAAAGUGAUUGAUUUAUGUUGAAUACAUUUUCAUGGAUAUUAUCAAUAAGCUUUUUUUUAUAUCUUUGUGGGAUUUACAAAGGUAAUUUCCCUCUUUUGCAACAUUGUUUUUAUACAAAUAAAUGUUCAAUAAACUAGA